UGUUGGUGUUUGUUGGUGUGAACAUUGCAGUCAUGUUUCCCAACAUUCUAAAUCGAACGGCCAACUUUUAAAAGUGGGUGAUUGUCGGCGUUGUUCGGCGCCUGUCGAUGCAGUGGGAACCAGGCUUAAGAUCUAUAAAUCUCUAACUUUACAAGGGCCAAUAAAAUACAGAAAUAUCAAGGUCGUAAAUGAGAGAAAUGACGGCCCUUUUUUAUGCUCUUUAAAUGAACCGAUGGCAGCGUUUCAUAAAAUCAUCGCGUGAAUUGAAGGGGGCGGAGCUUCCAGAGGUGCUUGGAAUGUUGGGGGAAAGCAGUAUCAGUGGUCGGAUGGACUGAACGCCGUCAGGACGGUGGAGGGAUUGGCUUUAACCUAGCGCUUUAAACAGAACCAUAACAAUAUCCAGUUUCUAUGUUAGUAAACUACUUGGAUUUCGUCUACUAAUCUUAAAGAUUCAACUCCACCAGGGUGUGCACUAUAUUAGCUCAUCUUUCUGCAAAGAGCACUGCCUAUCUAAGCCUCAUUGUCCAUCAUCCAGUCUUAUUACUGAAAUUAUUUUUGUCUGUCAUUGACCUAGUCAAUCCUGAGGAAAUAUGGACUUAGGCUAAAGAUUGGUCCUUUGCCCCACUGAAACUUGUCAUUUGCCCUUUGCCAUCUCUGAAGCUUGAGAAGGAAUCCCUCUUCCUUACGACCUAUUACAAUGUAAUUAAUAGGGUACUUGUGUUCCUGCUUUCCCCACCAGCUAUAAACCGGGUUUCAUCUUAAGCAAAGACCUGGCAUAGACAAGACAAUUCUGUAGACCUCAGUGACUGGAGGCCUUUAGGUCUCCUCUAAAGACAUGCAGUCUUCAGAGGAGCUGUUUAACAUGAAACUGAAGUCCUUGCAUGGAAACAAAGAAACUCCAGCUACCAGCCUGCAGUGCAAGUAUAAUGGGGUAGGAAAAGUCAAUGGCACAUCUGCCAUGCCUAAAAUGGGUGUACGUGCCAAGAUAUCAGACUGGCUGCCCAAAAAAGAAGGGUGGGAGAAUCUAUAUGAUUCAAACUAUGAGAGAGUUCAAAAUGGACAGCCAGACCAAAACAUAGAGAUCACUGAUGUGAAUGAAGCACCCUUGGAACUUGAUCAUCCUGACACAAAAUAUUCACUGAGUGAACUUUUGAGUCAGUCCCCUUUAAAGGGACUUCAUCCUAUUCGACAGCGAAGCAACAGUGAUGUGACUAUCAGUGAUAUAGAUGCUGAGGAUAUAAAGCAUCAAAAAGCUGUCAACCCAAACACUGGUGCCUCAUUGCAUCGGGAGUAUGGCAGCACUUCCUCUAUUGACCAACAAGGUCUAGGUGGGGAUGGAGUCCUUGCACUGUUAAAGGGUUAUAGAGUAGAUAAAUUAGAUCAUCUGAAUACAUACUCAAUUGGUUUCCCAGAGCUGCGUUACAACAAUGCUCUCUCACCUAGCUUGCAGACAGCAGCUCAGAUUGCACGUGGAGAGAUCAUUUGUAUCUCAGGCUAUGAUUAUGCAGGCAGUUCCCUUCUCUACAGUCAAGAAAGAGAGAAGUCCUUCGUGCAUCGGCUCAAGUCAGAGUCAUCUGAGACAUCUCUCUUCCGGAAGUUGAAAACUAUUAAAAGUGAGCAUGAUGGUCUCCGCCUCUCAAUAGAGCAGGAAGACCGGUGGUCUCUUGGUGUCCCGAAAUGCUUUGCUCACUAUGAUGUGCAGAGUGCACUCUUUAAUGUUAGUGAUGCUGUGGCAAAUCAAGUCAGCCUUGGUCAUAGGAAGAACACUACUACUGGGGCCUCCGCUGCUUCACAGUAUCAAGUCCCAUGUAGUGGUCCAGUAUGUGGAAAUAAUAGUGGAACUGCACCAAUGUUUGAAUCUCCACUGAGCAACCAUGAAGAGUUGAAGCCAAAACAGAAUAUUGAUGCAGAUGAGGGUGAUGGAAAGAGCAAUGGGCUAGUACUAAGUUGCCCACAUUUCCGGAAUGAGAUUGGUGGCGAGGGUGAAAGGAGGAUUUCUCUGUCCAGAGCCAACAGUGCCAACUACAGUGGAGGAGAAAGCUGCUCCUUUGAGUCCUCAUUAAGCUCUCACUGCACCAAUGCUGGUGUUUCUGUGCUGGAAGUACCUCGGGAAAACCAACCAGUUCAUCGUGAAAAAGUGAAACGAUACAUCAUUGAGCACAUUGACUUGGGGGCAUACUAUUAUCAUAAAUAUUUCUAUGGAAAAGACCACCAGAAUUACUUUGGCAUGGAUGAGAACCUGGGUCCCGUGGCCAUCAGUGUGCGACGAGAAAGGCUUGAAGAGAUGAAGGAGAAGGAGGGGUUAGCAUACAAUUACCGUAUUGUCUUCAGGACCAGUCAGCUUACUACUCUUCGAGGAUCAAUUCUGGAAGAUGCAGUGCCUUCCACAGUGAGGCAUGGCACAGCUCGUGGCCUUCCCCUAAAGGAGGUGUUGGAGUAUGUAGUUCCUGAGCUCAACAUUCAGUGCCUUCGACUGGCUCUCAACUCCCCCAAAGUCCCUGAACAGCUUCUCAAAUUGGAUGAGCAGGGGCUAAGUUUCCAGCACAAGGUGGGUGUGUUGUACUGUAAGGCAGGUCAGAGCACAGAGGAAGAAAUGUACAAUAAUGAGAAUGGUGGACCUGCACUGGAGGAAUUCCUGGACCUGCUUGGACAGAGAGUGCGACUAAAGGGCUUCAAUAAGUACAAGGCACAGCUAGAUAAUAAGACGGACUCUACAGGAACCUACUCACUCUACACUACUUACAAGGACUAUGAACUAAUGUUUCAUGUGUCCACUCUCCUACCCUACACACCCAACAACAGACAACAGCUGCUCAGAAAGAGACACAUCGGAAAUGACAUUGUCACCAUUGUGUUUCAAGAACCAGGAGCCCUGCCCUUCACGCCUAAAAACAUUCGCUCCCACUUCCAGCAUGUAUUUGUUAUUGUUAAAGUCCAUAAUCCAUGCACUGAAAACGUCUGCUACAGUGUUGCUGUAUCAAGAUCAAAAGAUGUGCCUUUGUUUGGUCCUCCAAUUCCUAAAGGUGUGACCUUCCCAAAGUCAUCUGUCUUCAGGGACUUUCUGCUUGCCAAGGUAAUCAAUGGUGAGAAUGCCGCACACAAGUCAGAGAAGUUCUAUGCUAUGGCUACCCGAACACGCCAAGAGUACCUUAAAGACCUGGCUGAGAACUUUGUGAGCACAGCUACUGUGGACUCAGCUCUGAAGUUCAGCUUCAUCACACUGGGUGCCAAGAAAAAAGAGCGGGUCCUACCACGUAGGGAUGCCCACCUCCACAGCAUAGGAGCCAUCAUGUGGAGUGUGGUGGCAUGGGAUUUCAGCCAAUCAGUGGAUGUUCAGUGCCUGCUUUGCAUCUCCAAUGAGUUCAUUGUGCUGAUCCAGGAAGAGUCAAAGAAUGUGGUCUUCAAUUGCUCCUGUCGUGAUGUGAUAGGCUGGACCUCCACCAUCAUGAGCAUUAAAGUAUUCUAUGAACGUGGUGAGUGUAUGAUGUUCUCAGCCCAGGAAGGCUUUGGAGAAGACAUCAGGCAAAUCGUCCACAGGCUUGAGAUAACCACUCAUGGCUGUGAGACCACACAAAUGGCACUUCGUCGAAAUGGCUUGGGACAGCUGGGUUUCCAUGUCAACUUUGAAGGCAUUGUGGCUGAUGUUGAGGCAUUUGGAUUUGCAUGGAAAGCAGGCCUGCGCCAGGGCAGCCGCCUGGUGGAGAUUUGUGAGGUGGCUGUAGCCACACUUACUCAUGAGCAGAUGAUCGACUUGCUACGCACUUCCAUCACAGUCAAGGUGGUGAUUAUUCAGCCUCACCAGGAUGGUACUCCCAGAAGAGGUUGUUCGGAGCUGUACCGCAUUCCCAUGGUGGAAUACAAGCUCGACAGUGAAGGCACACCCUGUGAAUAUAAGACCCCAUUCAGGAAGAACACCACCUGGCACCGGGUGUGCACUACUCCAGGGGGCCAGCCCCUACCACGAGGCUCACCCACUCAGGGUCCUGAACAAGUGCAAUGCCAACCGAUCUCACAGCACAUUGAGAUAUCCAUCCCACGCAGCACGUCAUUCGACAGGAAACUGCCAGACAUCUCCAGGAUGACACAUGAUCUGGAAAACCCACAGAUAUCCUGUAGUAAGGUACAGGCCAGUCAACACUACCGUAGCUCACCCAGUAACCAGUCUUCAUCCAGUGACCCAGGGCCAGGUGGCAGCACAACAUGGAUCCAAUGGCCAGGAUAUGAUGGGUGUCAUUCACCUAUACUGCACGAGCAAUCAUCUGAUCCUCCUGCCCAAGACAUAGGAGGUGAUGAAAGCUUGAAAGAGAAACAACCAAUGUUGGAGAGGGCACGCUCUGCAGAGGCCAAGUGGCACACUCCUUCAACAAAGAUACUCAACUCUCUGAAUGAGAGAGGCAAAGACUCGCCUAACAAACUGGCCCGGGGCAGAGAUAAGACCUCCAGCCACUCAAGCAUCACGCUGUCAAGCAGUGCCUCUAGCAGUAAUAGUGAUGAGAAACACUUUGGUUCAGGUGACCUGAUGGACCCAGAGUUGUUGGGUCUCACCUACAUCAAAGGAGCUUCGACUGACAGUGGCAUAGAUACAACACACUGCUGUGCACCAGUUCCACUCACAGGGGAUACCCUUGCUGCCAUGGAACACCUGGUGCUGCAACACCAGGCAGCAGUGGACCAGGGACACACUUGGACUCAGGAGCAUCCAGAGAACAGAGACAAGAAACCUGUACAGCUGUACCUGCCUCAGAGUUAUACCAUGACCAGACAAACAGGCAUUAACAGCGGCAUGAGAGACCUGAGAGAGAUCUCAUCACACUCAAGACAGCUGUACUUGGUGGAGGAAAUGUGCCAUAUCCAGGAAGGAGAAAGAGAAAGAGAGGAGGGGUGCAGGGACCAGUCAGACAUGACAAAGGAGUACCUAAAGGUUAUGCACCCAGACAGUCUGCCUGGAGAAGAGGUCUGCAGGAAGGCUUUGGUCUCAGAAAGUCCACUUCCCUGCCGUGUACUGUACCGCGCUCUGUCAGAAGAGAGUAUGUGCAGUAAUCGCAAAGGCUCAUCCUAUGCCAGCUCCCGCAGCUCAGUGCUUGAUCAGGUUCUACCAAAUGAUAUACUGUUCAGCAGCACUCCAGCUUACCACAGCACUCUCCCCUCUCGCAUUGGCUGCAGCCAGCCUGUAUCCAACCUCCGGAAUGAGGUCUGGUUUUCUGAUGGCUCCUUGGCAGACAGGUCAAAGUUUAGUGAUCCAGGACUCCUCCCCCUACCGGACACAGCCACAGGUCUGGACUGGUCCCAUCUUGUUGAUGUUGCUCGAGCCUUUGAAGAUCAGAAUAUGGCUACUGUCUACAUAAUGACUGACAUGCAGGGAGCUAAACCUGUUCAGAGCUCUCAAGAGCCCAUCAGACAGGCUGCUGCAGUGGAAGGAGCUAUACUACAGCCUGGAAAUGGCACAUCUGCCACUCUGACUGGUAAGGUCAACCAACUUGAAGUCAUCCUGAAGCAGCUCCAGCAUGACUUAAGAAAGGAGAAAGAGGAUAAAGCCAUCUUGCAGGUGGAGGUACAACAUCUUCGACAAGAUAAUAUCCGUCUACAGGAGGAGAGUCAAACAGCAUCUGCGCAACUCAGGAAAUUCACGGAAUGGUUCUUUAAUUCCAUUGACAAAAACCCUGAGAACAGUUGAGCCUAUUGUGUUAGCUAAGUAUAUAGGUGACCCUUUAAUUGUGCAGCUCCUUCCCCAGUGUGAUGUCUGUGUUCAAAAGUUAAAGAGGACCCUUUUAGCAGGGUAAAUCAGCUGCUGUGGCAAUUUCAAUCUAUGCUAACAGACUGCUGGGAUUCCUAAGAGAAAACGGAAAAAGACCUUGGAAAGAGACAUUGCUAACACUGCUCGAUUAGUGAAAGUGAAGGUAAGUGAAAUGAAGAAGAAAACGAAUGUAAUUCACCUGGGACCUACUUUUGCUUGGUAUAUCAUAUUCAUAUUGCCAGUAUAUCCGACCCCUUAUUUGCUUUGUUGUUUUUGUUGAUCUCCAGCAUUGUGCGAUGAAGUUGUUGGUAAUGCUGCUGACACUAACAGUGUCAUAAUUUUUGAGUGCCAUAUUUUAUAUGCAUUUUUAACAAUAGUUUUCAUAGUAGUUUCCAAACAGAGACAUGUCCUUGCAAUGAUGUAGUAGCAUUAGGAGAAAAUGCAUAAUGUGCAUAGUCCCUGCUAGUGCAAAAUGUGGUCAUUUCCUUUUAAGGUUGCAGUUUUACAGUAUUUCUGCUCUAUGCCUCAAAAAGGAUAGUAAGUGUGUGGAAAAUAAUUGUUUAUAUGAGUGGUUUAUCUCUUUUUCAUUUUUGCAUUGAGCAAAAAAGUGUGUGUGUGUGUGUGUGUGUGUGUGUGUGUGUGCGCGCGCGCGCGCGUGUUCGUGCGUGCGUGUGUGUGUUUCUGUCUCUGUCUGUGUGUGGUUUUUUGUUACAGUAGCAAGUGUUUUUAUAGAGUUAGUUUUUAUUUCUGUAUGUGAGACAGUGAACCACACUCGCAAUGCAAAAAUGUGUAUUAUACCUGUACCACAGUUGAAGUGGCUUGUAUUUAACAGCUAUUUAUGUUUAUUUAACCUAAUUUUGUUGAUUUUAUUUAAAAAUAUAUAUUUUUGGUUCUGCACUAAAGAUUGAAGAAACUUUGAGAAGCCUAGGCUAAAAUGUGGAUGCCUCAUCAGGGCUGUGUUGAAUAUACAAUUUUUUGUUUAUUUUUUCCAUCAUUCCAACAUUUGGAUGCUGCUAGAUUAAACUCAUAUAUGUUCAUAUGUUUUGGGGUUUGUUUGUUUGUUUUUUUGUUUGUUUGGUUUUUUUUGGUGGUGGUUAUUUUAUUUUUAUUUAUUUUAAUUUUUUUUGCGUUUUUUUUUUUUUUUUUUACAAAUUUGUUUCUUGUGAGUAAUUUUUGUUUUUGUUUUUUCUUUUAAAGCAAAUGUAUUAUAUAACUACAGUUUUGGUAGUUUAUGCAAUUUAUUAUUUUAGUGGUAACCAAUAGUAGAUGGAUUAAUGGUGGAAGAUUGAAAAACACUGGUUUGAUAUUGAAUUUUCAAAAUCACUGGUUUGAUAUUCAGUUUCCAAGUAGACUGGUUCUUGGUGCUUACUGUCAUUGUGUACUUUGACAUUUUGAGACAUUUUUUCCCCAUCAUUUCAACAGACAUCAGAAUUAUACUUGCAAUUGAGGCAGUAUAUUAACUCAGCACCCUUUUAGAUGGGAUUUGUUAUGAUUUCACAUUUAGCCAUGGUAUAUGAACUGUCAGUCAUCUUUUAAAAAAUUGUUUCUAUCAUUUAUACCAAUUAAAAUGCAUUUCUGUCUAUUACUGUCUAUGUGUUGAUCUUUCUGUAUGUUUCUUAUAAAGGAAUUAGGUAGAGUCGGAGCACUAGCAAUUACAAAAUUAAAUAUAGCUGCAAGCAGCAAUUAUCGGGGUUCAAGCCGUUUAGGGCCCUUAAAGUUGUUAAAAGAUAUUACUUAAUAUUGUACCAUCCAAUAAGCACAUAAAUCAAAGAAAAACCAAGAUAAUUUUAAGAAAUAUUGACCUUCAUUAAGCUUGUCUAAUAGCUGCUGAACAUUGCUUGACCAAUGCCAGCCAUGUUUUUCAAGAUUCAGAUUUCAAUUGUCCUUGUAUAUGCUGAUUGGACCUUGGACAAAGACGAUUCUUGCAAGAUUUAUUUAUCAAGUCUAUUGGACCAAUGGCCAAUUUCAUGUUUUGUUCUGCUAUAGCACCACCAACUGGUCACACUCAGUAAUGUUUUUUUUUUACAUCUAUCCUCAAAUGGAGCCCAUACAUAUGUACCCCAAGUUUAGUGAAAAUAGCUCAUUCCUUUCAAGAGUUAUAGCCAUUUAAGUAAAAGUGGUCAUCCCCACUAUAAACUAGUUGAUGUGCACUUGUGAGGGUAAAUCAAAACUUCAACUUUUUUUGAUCAUUUCUUAUCUAAGUAGUCCAAAUAAUUGUCAGUAGGAUUAUUACAGUUGAGCAAAAAACCUAACACUAGUUCACAAAACUAGGUUUUUGAAAUAAUCUCAAAUAUUUAAUGAACGAUUUGAUUGACAGCAGUGGUCCUAGAGGCAAAGUUGUUCAGAAUGAUGAGGUCUAAUGUAUGAUACAAAGAAUAUGUGUGUGUCUGAAACAGUGAAUAAUAUACAAUCAAUUACACACCCAUCUUCAAGUUGUUUUUACUAUUAUAGUACCACCAAGUGACCAAACUCCUCCAUUU